AUGCACAGAGUUGGACAACAGCGAUACGAAUUCGCCGCAUCAUUGGUCGAUGGUUAUUCUAUAGCUGCUCUACAUGCAGCAAAGGCCUUUGCCACACUCUCACUCGAAACAACUGCAACUCCCCUUCAACGUUUGACCUUCAACAGUUUAACGCCUGGUGGAAAAGAGCUGCUAGCUCAGGAAAGAGUUCGUCAUCGUGCAGCAUUGCUCGCUCACCUCAACACUAAGAAAGAAGUGCUUGACGAGAAGCUCAAUUAUAUCAUACAAAUUGAACAUAUUAUGGCAAACAUAGAGGCAGUUUCCAACUUUAUGGACAAAGAAAUUCAAUUUCUCAGUGUGUUCGGAAUCCUCGACAUGAAUCGUACUUUGAUCAAAGAUUGUCAUGUGAAUAAGUACAAUUUCAAUCUGAUUCCGCAGGUCUCAAACUGA